CUAGCAUUUAAAUCCGGCCGAUCGUGGACGUUGAAGCGUCAACGGCUAGGAUGCGCUGGGCAUGGCGGUGUUUCCCAGGCUCAUGUGAAGGGCGCGCCCUGGCGGCAGGGCAGGCUGGGCAUUUGCAUCGAUCGCUGGGCGGCAGAGUGUAGCAUAGCUAGGGCGCGAGGUUUUUAGGUCUGGGCGAUCCAGGGGGCGUCGGCGAGGACAGCAAUGCAGGCGCCGCAAAUGGGCCCUUACACGGGCACUAUGAUCACGACUGAGCUCAUCCAGAAGUACCUGGACGAGAACAAGCAACUUAUCCUGGCGAUUCUAGACAACCAGAACCUUGGAAAGCUUCAUGAAUGCGCAGCCUACCAGUCCAAGCUGCAACAAAAUCUUAUGUACUUGGCUGCCAUCGCCGACGCGCAACCUCAAAACCCUCUUCCGGGUGGUCAGGUUGCGCAAGCCUCCAUGCUCCAAGGAACUCCUCAGUUCAUGCAGCAGUCCCCGCAGCAAAUGGGCAUGAUGGAUCAGCAGCAGCAGCAGCAGCAAAACUACACACAAAUCCAAAUGGCUGCGCUCCAUGCUCUCCAAGCGCAGCAGCGCCAGCAGCAGUUCCAGCAGCAGCAGAGGCUCGUCACCGCGGCGGCAUCGGCAGGGAUGCUCUUGCAGCCUCCACACUCGGAGUUAGAGCUGGGUGGCGGUGGAAAUGUGAGCAACGGGAACAACAUGACGGGCAUGGGAGGAGCUUUUCCAGACUACGCUGCCGCUGCUGGCAACGGAGAUCUCAUGAGGAACUCCGCUGCAGCCGCCGUGAGCGGCGACGCCUCCAAAGGGACCAGCGCCGUCGCCGGAUCGUCUGGAGCUACUGCUGCCGAUGGUACCGGAGACGACGCUGGCUCUACGUUUCUCAAGUCAUCAGAGGAAGAGUAAAAAACACCAGGGAGGAUUGCAGUAGAAUGAGCUACAUUCCUUUCUUUAACUAUGUUUAUUUUCUUUGCUGUUAGUAGGAUCAUUUGUCACACUUCGGUCUCACACUUGUGCUAGAUCUUUUCUCCCGGCGUUA